GGACGCGCGGAGCCCGCUGUCUCCCCGGGCCAGCGCGUUCAGCAUCGCCUCUCUGGUUGCAGCAGAGGCCGCAGAGCGUGCCGCCCGCCUGGGCCCCGGGUCCCCCAACCGGGCGAAGCUUCACCGGCUGCUGGAAUCCCCGGCCGGGAUGCACUUCAGCACCGUCACCAGGGACAUGGAAGGCGCAUGUUCCCCACCUUCCAAGUGAAGCUCUUCGGCAUGGACCCCAUGGCUGACUACAUGCUCCUCAUGGACUUUGUGCCCGUGGACGACAAGCGCUACCGGUACGCCUUCCACAGCUCCUCCUGGCUGGUGGCCGGGAAGGCAGACCCCGCCACUCCAGGCCGAGUGCACUACCACCCUGACUCGCCUGCCAAGGGCGCACAGUGGAUGAAGCAAAUUGUGUCCUUCGACAAGCUCAAACUGACCAACAACCUGCUGGAUGACAACGGCCACAUUAUUCUCAACUCCAUGCACAGAUACCAGCCCCGCUUCCAUGUGGUCUACGUGGACCCGCGCAAAGAUAGUGAGAAAUACGCGGAGGAGAACUUCAAAACCUUUGUGUUCGAGGAGACGCGCUUCACGGCCGUCACUGCCUACCAGAACCACAGGAUCACGCAGCUCAAGAUCGCCAGCAACCCUUUCGCCAAAGGCUUCCGAGACUGCGACCCCGAAGACUGGUGAGUCAGAC